AAUUCUCGAAAGAGCUCGAAUGUUUCAAGUUCGCUUGUUCAGGUCUGCUUUUCCGAGUCUUUGCUGCAUGGUCAAACAAACUCCCGCGCAUUUCCCCUCCUCAGAAGCAGCAAGACAUUCAAGUUGGAUUUCUUGAAGAGGUGCAGCAAGCGGCAAAAAAAGGGGGCAGAUUGGACUGCUACUCUGGAGACUUUGUUUGUCCGAAGGCGCUGUCGGAAGCCUGUGUCCUUGAUUCUCAGGAAGGCGCUGAGAAUUAAAGUGCGGAGACCUUAGUGCAGAUCUGUUCGUCUGCGUGCAUCUGACCAUGGCGCUCGCUGGGCAGACCACUCCUGCAAACGUUCCCAGCUUCAAACUCAUCAUUGUAGGGGAUGGAGGCACAGGAAAGACCACUUUUGUCAAGCGCCACUUGACGGGGGAGUUUGAGAAGAGAUACGAACCCACAAUCGGUGUCGAGGUCCACCCGCUCGAUUUUUACACAAACUGCGGCCAGAUCCGGUUCUACUGCUGGGAUACGGCGGGCCAAGAAAAGUUUGGCGGGUUAAGAGAUGGGUACUAUAUCCAUGGGCAGUGUGCGAUUAUCAUGUUUGAUGUCACCUCCCGCCUGACCUACAAGAACGUCCCCACCUGGCAUCGGGAUCUUUGCAGGGUCUGCGAGAACAUCCCAAUCGUGCUGUGCGGGAACAAGGUGGACGUGAAGAACCGGCAGGUGAAGGCGAAGCAGGUGACGUUCCACAGGAAGAAGAACCUGCAGUACUACGAGAUCUCGGCCAAGAGCAACUACAACUUCGAGAAGCCGUACCUCUACCUCGCCAGGAAACUCGCAGGUGAUCAGACUCUGCACUUCGUGGAGUCCCCGGCUCUGCUCCCCCCGGAGGUUACCAUCGACUUGGAACAGCAGAAGAAGUACGAGGAGGAGCUUCAAAACGCGGCCAACCAGCCGCUGCCUGAUGACGACGAAGACCUGGCUGAUUAGAUACAUACAUGAUAGAUGGGAAAGGCGCGAAAAGAAUGUCGAAAGUAGCUUGUCUUUGCUUUGGGAAAGUGGUGCUCGACUCGCUCAAGGAAGUGGGGACACGCUCAACCCCGCUUGCUUCGCUAUAGGCACCCUAGAUUGAUGAGAACUCAAGAUCGUCUAGUAAACUCAUUGCUUGUGAGAACCUGUAUCUGUUGCUUGUGCAUCAAGUUGCUCAUGUUACACAUUGAUAGAAGAAGCACCUUGUCUGGCCUCUGUGUUAUGUCAUUGCCUAUGUACAAUCUUCUCACAUCGCCCGG